AUGGAAGCAAAACAGAUCGUUUUCCUCUUCCUCCUCUUCACCGUUAUCAUCUCCGUCUCAUCAGAUCCCCUCCAAUACCAACACCAGGUCUUCUUCCCCACCUCACUCCCCCAAGUAGGCCAAUCUUUAGAAACCCUCUCCUGGGACGUGCCCCAUCAAUUGUCUGAUUUCGAUUCCGAAACCCCACUAAUCGUGGUCCGCCUGCACCACGUUCACCACCUCUCCAAAUCCUCCACCUCCACCCCUGAGUCCCUCUUCUUGAACCGCCUCAAACGCGAUGCCGUCCGGGCCAGAACCAUGGCCUCCCGAAAAUCCAGAAACUUUAGCAGCUCCCUAAUCCCCGGUGCCUCAAUGGGCAGCGGCGAGUACUUCACCCGCAUCGGGUUCGGCACCCCGGCCAAGCGCUUCUACCUGGCCAUCGACACUGGCAGCGACCUCACAUGGCUCCAGUGCAAGCCCUGCCAAAAAUGCUACUCCCAGGUCGACGACAUCUUCGACCCCAAAUAUUCCAGGUCCUUUGCAAGUGUCCACUGCAACUCCACCCUCUGCAGCCUCCUUGACCAACGGAGAUGCAACAAAGACCAGUGCCUCUACGAGGUCACGUACGGAGACCAAUCUACCACCUCGGGCGAGUUUUCCACGGAGACACUGACCUUCGGGGCGACCAAAGUGCCGCAACUCCCUUUCGGCUGUGGCAAUGACAACGAGGGCUUAUUUGGCGGGUUCGCCGGUCUGCUUGGCCUCGGCCAAGGGAAACUGUCCUUCCCGGCCCAGGCCGACAUACAGAAGUUCUCCUACUGCCUCGUGGGAUGGGGCUCCAACUCGUCGUCGUAUUUGAUGUUUGGCGACUCGGCGGUCUCCAGGAAAGCGGUUUUCACGAGCCUGCUCACCAAUCCCGCAAUUGACACGUAUUACUACGUCGAGCUGCAAGGGAUCUCGGUUGGCGGGAACCGGGUGCGGGGAAUCAAUCCGUCCCUCUUCCAGUUAAGCAGCGACGGCGACGGGGGCGUGAUUGUGGACUCGGGCACGGUCUUGACCUGGCUGGUCCAGCCUGCCUAUAAUGCGCUCAGGAACGCAUUCUUGGCCGGGACUCGUGGCCUGAAGCGUGCCAAGAAAUUCAGCAUCCUUGACACGUGUUUCGAUUUACACGGGAUGAAGAAGGUGAAUGUGCCAACGGUGGUGCUGCACUUCAAAGGCGCCAACGUGUCCCUGCCGGAGUCGAAUAUCCUGUAUCCAGCGGACACCAUAGGCAGAAAGUACUGCUUUGCGUUUGCGGGCAAGACCUCGCCGGGCAGGCUGUCUAUAAUUGGUAAUUUUCAGCAACAGGGCUUCCGAGUCAGUUUCGACCUGGACAAACAGAGAAUCGGCUUCUCACCCGAAAGUUGUUGA